CACCUGAUUCUCUGUCACCUCGCACUUCUCAGCCGCCGCCUCCCCUCAUUCGGUCCUGGCCGGAUCUGAAGCCGUCACUACCCAUAUCCCGUGUCUGGAGCGUCCAUCCUCCUGUGGACAGUGAUCGGUUCUCGUCUUUUGAUUUUUCUUAUUGACCACAUACGGCGACUUCUGGAGCUUCAAACGACGAUAUUUCCACCAACGACAUUCACUUUUUUUCUUCUUACCUCUUUCUUUUCCCCGGACCCUCGGUACAAUAAUGCCGUAUUGCUGAGCCUGGGUUUAUUUUCCGCCUAAAUCCGCAACAUCUUUUUUUGCUUUCUCGUUUCCAUUUUCGUGGCGCAAUUUGUAUCCCCUCAGCGUCCUCGGCGGUUUUUGGUGCAGCCGGGACGAUAAGAAACGCCCCCACGCCGUGGACGGUCCAUUGGAGAAGACAUUCCUGUCCGAACGAAGGCGUAUCGCCCAAGACUUGGACAAGAUGGCAGCUGUCCAAAAACCCUUCACUUUUCCACCUCAGGCGCCAGCAUCGUCAGCCCUGCCGAUAAGUCUCAGCACCAGCAACAGUCUAGGCAACGACGACGUGAAUAUGGACAUGGGUGGCGGUUCCCAACCUGCUUCCCUGCGGAGCUGUGCCAAGUUCGGCAGCGGGCCUCAAAGGGGCGAUACAAGAAUCGUCGCCAUAAUGUACGGCCCCGGACAGGAGAACAUCGUGUCUGUGUUUGCAGAGGUUCUGGGUCAGUCAUUCAGGUUAGGCGGUGGUUUUGCCGAAGUCGCACCAACAGAUCGCGGGGUUGUCGUUGGCAUCCCUGCGAGUAGGGCCUCGGCCGACCUCGCCUCCCGAAACCGAGAGCUGGUUGUCGCCAUCAACGCUCACUGCGUCGAUCUUGGCAUGCCACCCGAUGCCCACCUUUCGUCCAAUUGCGACUACGAGUUCCUGUACACCACCACCCCUUUCUUCCGCCGCGAUCUGGUCAGGUUCAUCUCGUUUACCUUGGGUCAGAUCAACCACCACGAGACACUGAUGGCCAAGUCGCGCACCUUCAUGUUAUCCACCACGUUCCCGGAUGUCAGGGCCGCCUUGCCCAACAUUGACAUACUCACUGUCGGGGCCGACGCCAUCGAACUGCGUGUGGACCUUCUCCGGGAGCCUCUCCCCACUGGGGGCUACGCUGCGGUGCCGAGCCUGAGUUAUGUCGGCGAGCAGGUCAUGCUCCUGCGUCAGAGGACCGAGCUUCCCAUAAUAUUCACCACCCGGUGUACCAGGGAAAACGGCCGCUUCCCCAUGGAGAGGCCGGAGCUGUAUUAUGAGUAUCUAUCCCGCGCCAUACAGUGGGGUCUCGAGUACGUCGACGUCGAGCUCUGGCUGCCCGAGGAGAUGAGGAAACAGCUGUACGAGAAGAAGGGCAGCAGCCGCAUCAUGUCGGCCUUCCACGACUUCUCGGGCACCUUCAGGUGGCCGUCAAGUCACGCGCAGUCUGUGUUCCUCGAGUCAAGUCGAUAUGCAGACAUCAUCAAGAUGAUUGCCAUUGUCAACGACCACAACGAGAAUUUUGAGCUCGAGUACUUCCGCCUCAAGAUGCGUGCCGAAUACCCGGACUCGCCACCUUUCUCUGGCGUCAACAUGGGCGAAAUCGGCCAGUUCUCACGGACCCUGAACCGUGUCUUCACUCCAAUAACACAUCCCCUCCUGCCACUGAUCGGUGCGCCAGGUCAGAUCAGCGCGGCCGAGAUAAACGCGGCUCUGGCGUCGGUGGGGCAGCUUCCCAAGAGGAGCAUCUACGGUAUCAGCGGCCCAGCCUCGAGGGGAGCGACCCCGCAAGCGCCGUUUUAUGAGAAGUGCUUCAACGAGCUCGGGCUGCCGCACCAGUUUGCCGUGGUUGAGCGGGGUCCAAGGGGCACGGGCGGCAUCGAGGCCUGGUGCAGCAAGAGGAAUUUUGGUGGCGCAUAUCUCAACCCUCCGAUCCCACACCAAUCCUUGGUGUCUUCUGGCUCACAUUUCUUCCAGUCGGUCAAUGGCGGGGCUGGCCCUAUUCUAACCGAGGCCGCACAGAUUAUCGGCAUGGUCGACACCAUUGUGGUCCGGCCCGGACCCGCGUCACCCGCGGGGUCUGCGCCGACCUCGAUUCCGUCGAGCCCUAGCCCAGGUCGGCUUCACCACCCUCACCACCCUCACCAUACUCGCCACACGAGCUUCUCGGAACGGAGUGGGAGUAGCAAUAGCGCUAGCAGUGGCAACGGCAACGGAAGCAUGCAUUCCGUGUUGGCCGAGAACGGAGGCCUACCAGCCGGGACCACCUUGGUGUUUGACAACGCACUCUGGAGGGGCAUUCUGAGCACCCUUACACGAGACCUGGCGCCGUCGGCUUACUUUGGCUGCACGGCCGUGGUUCUUGCUGGGUCUCCCGACGACGCGGCUAGCGUGCUGUUUGCGCUCAAGGAACUUCGCGUUAGCAAGGUCUUCACCGUUGGGUUCAAGACGCCCCCGGCACUAGCCCAGGGCCUCGACAUCGAGCCAUUCACCUCGCUCGAGAGCCUACAAAGGGCACGAUCCGGAGCAUCGUCGCCACCACAGGGCGCCUCGGCCGAGCGAGGAGCGCUCGGCUUGGCUGCGAGGACAGAAGCCGUUGGUGAGGCUCGUCUUGGGCAGCCACAACAGCAGGCUCAGCCAUUUGUUGUCAUCAGCGCGUUGGGUUCGGAGAAGAGCAACAUCGUGGGGAUGCUUCUCAAGAGGGUUUUUGGCUCUCAGGGUGACGUUGCCGGACAGCAGCAACAGCCAAGACGGGUGUUUCUGGACCUGGCCGAGCCUGGUGGAAUCGCCCGGCGGACAGACCCCGGCCCGAUCGCCGAGCAGAGUGGCUUUUCUGCCUAUGGGUUUGCCGAUACUGCUGCCUUCACUACCGUCGAGACCCUCCGGCUGCUAGUCGGUCAGAACGUACCGUAUAGCUUCGUGCGCCUCGCCAGCGGGAGGAUACUCUACUGACCGGUUUCAUGACAACAUGGGCGUUUGGGCUUGGUAUUUAUUUGGCUGUUUGCUCACACCGCAUGAGUUGGGCGAUAUGGGAGGGAAUGGGCUGACGAUAGGGUGACACGUCUUUGGAUACCCGGAACCGAGUCCGAACUGCAUAUGGGAGUUUGGAGCAUUUUUUUCUUGUUGGGAGAACAGGUUUCGGGGAGAUGCGGGCCAGGCUCGGUGUGGGUGUCCCCAUGGAACAUGUGUUUUUUGUGGGUUUCUUUUACGGCGUUAUUAUGGUCAUCACGCGCGAUGUAUUCACAAGCUUUCUUGGACAGUGGAGGGAAAAUCACUCCAACAGAUACUGCCUCCAUGCGUCGACAUGGUGGGGGAUAUCUAUUCGCUUCUGUCGGCGUUUGUCAUCCACUGGUGUUCAUGAUCGGGCGAGGGCAAGAGGUUACAGCCACCGCCGCGGCAUUCAGGGGUCUUUGUCUUUGGUUGAUCGUUGCGGUGCCGUCCUUGGACAGACAGGGAGAUGUGGGAUCUCAAGUCGAGCAUGUCCUUUGAUCUGAGUAUGGGGGAUCACAUUAGGCAUAGAUAGAUAGCAUACUGUUUGGCUUGAUAUUAUUCUAGAUUCGUUCUAGUUGGUUGCCUCAUAUCUUUGCUCACAUGUACUUCUUCUGGCUUCCGAUACCCUUUCGCAUAUCUAUCGUCUUGCCAAUCACCAUGAUGA